AUGGGUUGUUUGCAGGUGGAAGACGAGAAAAUGGCGAAAUUUUUGAGCCUUCACGUUCUGCUCAUCGGCUCCGUCAUUUUGUACAUUAUUCUCGGCGCCAUCGUUUUUCAAAUGUUAGAAGGCGAGCAUUUGGAUGUGAGUGCUCCGUAAAAAUGCUUUCGUUUUAAUCAUAAACAUUUUGUAGGCCCUGAAAAAGGAUCACAUGGAUCGAAUUGACCAGAACGCCAAGGAUUACGUGAAUCGAUUGUGGGAGUUGGCGAAACGGGACCGCGACAAGUUUGAGGUAUAAAAAUUGAGACAAACUUUCGAUAAUUUUCCCAAAAAUCACUUGCAGAACGUCGACGCUCUCAUCGAAUCGAUAAAAAGCGAGACGAGCGAGGAUUUCAACGACUACGUGGACACGGUGUUCUUUGCUCAUCGAGCAGUCCGACACGGCUAUGAUGAGGUAUCUAUAUUCACAUAUUUUCCUCAGUUUCACACAUUCUAAAUACUUUCUACGCUUUUCUAGUGUCUAAAAACUGCUAUUCGUAGGAUUCGCCGAGUUGGGAUUUCGCCAAUUCCGUGUUUUUCACGACCACAAUGCUCACGUCGAUCGGAUACGGAUACGUGGCGCCGAGCACGUUCGGCGGACGCCUUUUCGGUGUUAUCUACUGUUUGAUCGGUGGGUUCCGAGUACUUUUUUUAGUCAAAAUUUAAAUCCGGGUCGUGCUAAAAGCUUUCAAACUUGUUCAACUUAUUCCAUCUCAAAACGAAUACUAAGAGAGAGAGUUAGAAAAAAAAAUCCGAAAAAUCGAUAAUCUUGCAGGAAUCCCUCUAACACUGGUAACCGUCGCCAACGUGGCCAAGUUCCUGUCCGAGACCAUCUUCUUCUUGCACUACGAACUGUGGAACAAGUGGAUGGAGUGGAAACGGAAGCGGAAGGGCGAAGUGGACGCCGAUCCGGCACAGCCAAUGUUCGGCGACGACGAGAACGAAGAGGAGAUUCUGGACAGGGUGCGGCUCGUGCGCUUCCCUCCGUUGACCGUCUUUUUGUUCGUCUUCGUGUACGGAUGCGUCGCCGCGUGGAUUGUUCGCUAUUGGGAAACAUGGACAUAUGUCGAGAGUCUCUACUUUAUUUUUAUCAGCAUUUUGACUGUUGGUGAGUCAUUUCUCACGGUCUCCAGAGCUGACAAUGGACGCAAGUGCGCCCCGCCCAAUAGAGCGAUACAUUGGCGCGAAAUUCAAAUUUUGACAGCAAAAUUUGUGUUUUUUGCCAGAUUAGCCACGAAAAAUCGAUAAUUUCUCAUUUGUCUCUCGAUAGACCGAUUGUAUAGGCUAUUACGAAUUUUUUAAGCGCAAGACAGUUAAAUUUGGUCAAGUCGAAAAUCACAUUAUCCGUUUGAAGGUUUUUGGCUAAAACUGCGUGAAUUUCAGUUGUUUUUCGGUAAUUUUCGCGGUUCGAGCGCUCAAAAUGCUUGUAUUUACGUGAUUUAUCAUUCUCAAAACCAAUUCUGUCUGAAAACGGUCAAGAAAGCGCAAAAUGAGAAGUGCGGUUUUUGGGCGGCGAAGGCGAAAAAGCAGUCCGCGAUAAAUGAGCGCCAAAACGUCAUUAAUUCUGAGAAUUAGUGUUUUUUCAUGUCGAACAAUCAUUUUUCUUCGCCGUUGACCACAAAAAUCAGAGAAAACCUGCUCAAUUCAUGAAAACGCCAUUUGGCCGAGGCCACGCCCAUAUUGUCAGCUCUGGAGACCGUGUUUCUAGAGAUAUUUUGAAGAAAAAACAACAUUUUCAGGCUUCGGCGAUAUCCGCCCAUCUCCGGGCAACAUUUGGGUCACUUUGGCGUUCGUCAUCGGUAAGUUACGCUACUUUUCCGCCCAAACACCGUACUCGGCCGUUUCAGUCGGUGUUAUUCUGACCACAAUGUGCAUGGACGUCGUCGGUCGGAUGUACUUGAAGGAAAUUCACUAUUUGGGCCGCAAAUUGAAGAGCAGCAAUCCGUUCUAUUUGCUCAGAGAGGCCAAAGCGAGGUGAGCACAGCAAAUUUGAGAAAAACAGGUAAAAAUGGUUUUUGCAGAAGACGUCGAGCCGCAAUGGCUUCGUUAUUGGCUCAAUUGGCCAAGGGAAUGAUUUUUGCGCACAAGGAUUACAAUGAGCUGGCGCGCAAAAAGUCGAAAAGGAAGAAGGACAAGCGGAGAGGAAGCCACGUUUGUUCGUUUUAAUCUUUUCUGAGAUUGACUUUUUACACUAUAUUUAUUAAGUUUUGAAAAAUCACAACGUUUCUCAAAUGUUUCGCAUGAAACAUUCAUUUUUUAAAACUUUUGCAGUGCCGAACGAGAAGUUUAUGUUCGCGCGCUUGCCGCCAGACCCGCCGAGCGACUGCCAGGUCGUCAGCACUUCCGCCUACUCGGUCCGUCUUGCCUGGGCGGCGCCCUUCUCGCCCGACGCCGAUUUGACCUACAAUAUUCGGUAUCGAUUGAAGUGAGUACUAGUUUCAACGAGUUCUCGCCUCAAAUACAGUUUCAUUCUAGACAUAAUGAAGACGCGAAAACGCGCGAACUGCGUGGAAUCAAAGGAAAUACGGUGGAGAUAAUGAGCGUCGACUCGUGUUCGCUUUACGAAUUCCGAAUUACCGCCCACAAUAAAUUCGGAGAGAGCAAAGCCGUCUAUUUGGUACAGUACACAGGUGAGGGUUUCGUUUUUUUUUGGAAAAUGUUUUCAAAAAGGCCUCAAAUGUGGCCCUAAAAGUGAUUUUUGAUGAAAAUGAUGCAAUUUACGAUAAAAGAACAAUUCAAGGCAAGAAAUGUUCCAGAGCCCCAAUUGAGCCCACAGCACAUUCUGGCGACUCGGCUCAACGCGAACACGAUCGAAUUGACGUGGGAGCCGCCGUACAAAAAAUCGCACGAAGUCAAAAAUUACGUGGUUUAUUUCACGGAAAAUCCCAACGCCUCGCUGUCGGAAUGGGAGAAAAUACCCGUGAACGGGCGGAGAGUGAGUUAAACGUACAUUUUUUUGUCAAAAAAAAAUGAUUGCAUUUGCAGGUAGUUUUCCCAGAUUUACGCUUCGAUUGGUUCUACAUGUUUAGGUAAUGAAACUGCUUUAAUUGUUUAAAAAAAAAGUGUAAUUUUCAGUGCGACCGCAGUGUUCAAAGACGGUCAACGUUCGCCAUUGUCCAGGGCGCUGUUUAUUAAAACCGAUAAAAUUGAAUUUCACAAGCAUUGUAAGUUUUGUUUUUUGAAAAUGUCGAAUUUUUGAACAUUUUCAGGCGUCGGACACUCGAAAACUAUUGAUAUUAUGGACUCGAUUUGUGAAAAAGAGGAAAACGAGACGACCGCUCUGCUCAAAAGGGAUUAUGUCUCUUUUGCAGUUUAA